AUGGCCUCGAACGAAAACCUGCUAUCGUCAUCGGCAGAGAGGAGCGCUGCCCUCUCAACUGCCUCAAAUGCUACCUCGACGGUCUCCAAGUCCCAUACCACCCAGUUUCGAGACUCAAAAGCUUUCGUCGUUCGCAAUGGCCGUACUUACAUUAAUGAUGAGUCUACCUUACCUUACCCCCUCCCCGUGGAUCUUCCGGAAUUACACCGCCAAUCUCUUCGCACACUACUCAUGUUCCAAUUAUUCGGAGGCCCCAUCCUCUCGACCGCCUUCGCAAGCAAGCCGCCAACUCGGGUUCUUGAUGUUGGCUGUGGCGCGGGCUUCUGGAGUAUGAUGUGCCAUCGAUACUUUGCGCAGCAUGGUCAUUCGUCUAUCUCCUUUACCGGUCUUGACAUUGUGCCUUUGGGUGGGGCAGGGGCUGAUGCGAACGUGAAACCUGAUAAGGAGAUGCAAUGGCGGUUUGUGCAGCAUGAUAUACGACAGUUGCCUUUUCCUUUUGCCGACGGUGAAUUUGAUUUGAUCAUGGUGAAAGAUAUGGCCUUCGCUACCUCGUUUCGCGAAUCACAACUCAUCAUGGAAGAAUAUUUGCGCGUGUUGAAACCUGGUGGCGUAUUGGAGCAUUGGGAGACCGACUCCACUAUUCGCAUGCUUCGCCCUCACGCACCUAAGAAGCCAGGAGCGAGAGUACAUGAUGAUGAUUCUUCAAGCGACGGCGGUGAUGACGAAGACAACGCAGAGAGGAUGGGCGCCUAUGUGAUGACCACCAACACACCUAUCAGUGCGCCCCUUAACUCUUAUAUGGUUGAGUACAAUGGAUGGACAAGUAAGGCGCUCGAGGCACGGGGCUUAUCACCCGUUCCCUGCACCCUCAUCGGAGCCUACCUUCUACAAGAAGCCGAGUCUCUUACAGAUGUGCAGUCAAAACGACUAGCUGUGCCGUUAAGCGAAAUUAGAUGGGAACGUGAAGGUGUUGGUGGUGUCGUAACGAAAGAUGGGAAGAGCUAUAUCGAUUCGCAAAAGGGCAAGUUGAGAGACCAAGAUUGGAAAACCGAGAGCCCGAUAACGCCUGCACAAUCUGCGUUGCGGAGGACGGCCCUGGAGACAACCGUCAGCUUCAUCCUUGCCCUCGAGCCGCUGCUGCGUGAAGUAAGCGGGAAAAGCCAAGAAGAAUGGGACACUUGGGCGGGCAAGAUGACCAAUGAUCUUUUGCGAGAGGGAGGCACGAGCUGGGGUGAAUGCCUCGAAGUGGGAGUCUGGACUUCCCGGAAAAGGCAUAUUAAAUCGUAA